AUGGAGAUAGAAGUUGUCGAAGUCCAAGUGGAAGAUGUAAUGAUGGACCUAGCUGAAGAAGAAAUGCUACGAGAGGAAGUGGUACAAGAUGACAUCGAGUAUGUAGAUUUACUUCCUGCUGACGCAGAGGCAGAAUUUAAAUUCAGGGACGCAAUUGACGUUUUAUUACCAGACGUCAAUGAAGAAGUUAGUAAAUACAUCUUAUUAAAAUUAAAACAAACAUUUAUAACAUUAAAUUCUUAA